GUAUCUACCAGUAUUUGCUGGUAUUAAUGUGGAGCAGGCUAUUUGUGCGGGAGCGCUAUGUCCAUAUGUUGCCCAUGCAGCAGCUGGUUCUGGCAUACCUGAGGUGAAAGCCUAUCUUAACGGCAUUGAUGCUCAUUCCAUCCUGGCUCCAACUACCCUAUUUGUGAAGAAUAGGUUGCAGAGAAGCCACGCCUACUAUCAUCUGCUUUUUGAGCAACUUUUUGAGUUUGCAUUUAAGAAUUUUGAUGAGAUAGCAAGGCUUGACAGAGCUGCUGAAGAAACAUUUUUUGGUAUUAUUUUUGUAGAUGUAAUUGGAGUGAUUGUUGCACCUGGGAGAGUUCUAUGUCAGCCUAAAUGUAGACUUAUUGAGAUUGAAAUUGCAAAUGAGAAUCACAACAGGAUCUUUUGCACAAUUUGGGAUGCAAACGUUGAUUCUUAUCUUCAGCAGUUGGAGAAAAGUAAAGGAACAUUGCCUAUAAUAAUUGUUCAAUUUUGCCGGCCAAAUAUGUUUAGAGGUGAGAUGCGUGUGUCUACACAUUUUAAUUCCUCCCAAGUUUUUAUCAAUGCUGAUAUAAGUGAGGUUAAGCAGUUUAGAAGCAGGAUAUCUGUGGAUCCAACUUUCAUGAAUAUGGUGUCAUUAGGUGAAGUUGGAAAGAAGAUAAAUAGUGAGUUUGAUGACCUGCAACUGAAGAGUCUGGAGGAUGUCCUGUGUCUUGAGAGUGGUUCAUAUUGGGUGUUUGGAAGGGUUAUUUCUGUGGAAUGUCACUAUGGUCAAUGGUUUUAUGAGUCCUGCAAGAUUUGUGUGAAGAAGCUUGAACAAGUUGCCCCUGGGAAGUAUUAUUGUGUGCGUUGUAAGAAGACUUCUGGUUAUGCCAAAAGGAGGUACAGAUUUGUUCUAAAUAUUGUAGAUGACACUAGCAAUGUUUCACUUCUGCUUUGGGAUAGAGAGGCUAUUCAGCUAUUGGAUUUGAAAGUUGAUGAUAUUGUUGAUGCAGAUAAGAUUCAUUUAACUCAUUCCAUUCCUAGGCGGAUGGAGGACAGGCUUUGUGGAAAGAAUUUUCUGUUUAAAGUUCAACUGAAGGAUCAUUUUGAUUAUCCAGUUAGCCAUCCAUUUACUGUGAAUAAAGCCUGUAAAACUCUUGAAAUUGUUGAAAAAUAUAUCCCUGAAGGUUUUGUUUCCGAACCUAUUAGUUCUCAGGUGAAGCUGUCAGAUCUAUUGUUUGGAGAUGAUCUUGCUGAGGUCUCUCAGAAAAGCUUUCACACACCUGACUUGUCCAGUAUAGAGAAUGACAAUAAUUCUAAAUGGAUUGAGGAAGGCACUGUGAAGAGAUGCUUGGAUAUGGAGUUUGAUGCAUGUGAAGAUGACACUGAUUUUGAGGCUCUCAAAAGGCAGAAAGUGAAUGGUGGGGAGUAG